GCUCGUUGCGAUUGUUGCACUUCUUGUUAUUGCUGUAUGCCGCAGUAUUGCGAUACAACUGUUUUACUAUUAGUCGUUGCAACUGCCUCUCGAUGAUCUGUUCAUACGUUAUGAAGAUUAGUAAUCAUACGGCCACUUCUAUUCAUGAUUGGCAUGAAACUGUACUUUCCUCAAUUUGCCAAUUUUGCUGGCAAUCAACUCCUGCCGUCUCAAUGUGUUGCGGCGAUUUAUCUUAAUGGAUUCAGAGGACGAAUUUUUUGACGCCCCUGAAGCAUUCUCCCUCGGCUCGCACGUCACUGAAUGGAAAGUGAGUGAGGAUGAACUAUUGUGUUCAUCGUUUGAUUUUGAACACAAAACUGCGCAACGUCGUAGCCGAGUGGAAUCGUUGAAGAGAAGUUUUGUGGAGUACGCCGCUUCACAUCCGCCCUUAUCGGGAUCGUUGUACUCGGUGAAUUGUUAUGCAAACCGUCCAAUAUCCCUUCAGGACCCCAAUUCAGUCUAUCAUGGAACCAAUGCAUUUGAUAGCAGCUACUCGAAAGCAAAUACUGACACAUCUUCAGGCGCGUACCCCGAUGAAUCAAUAUCGCGGCUGUGGGCUUCUCUUGGGAGUUACCAAAAAACAGCUGAUCAUGUUGACCAGGAUUUGGGUCUAUUCACCCGACCUUCGCAUGCUCCAACAGAUUUGGAAGUCACGGCUUCCCAUCCUCCUCUUCAUUAUAUCCGAGAUGGAUCAGCCGAUGCUCUCCAACUUAAUUCGCAACGAUCUCAGCCGCCUUCCCGGGCUAGAACGUUCAAUGCUCCCAGCACACAUCUACAUAGCUCACUGGAUUUCGCUCGGACGUCAGCUACUAUAGCCACUUUCCAUCCCAGCGAUGUUUCUUUGGGCACUGCUCAACGAACUUUCUUGCCUGGCCUAACAGAACAAGAGAGUUAUUAUAACUCAUUGGCUGAUACGCUCAACUCGGUCUGUGCCACCUCAUCAGCUGUUCAGCGAUUUCAAGGGGUAUCUUCUGCUCCUGAGGUAUCAGAUAGCUUGAAGUUGCGCCCUGAUCCGAAUUCGUCAAUGGCACAUGCGAAAUCCUGGUCGCUGGACACUGCCAGGCUACAUCUGACUUCCGGAACCUCAAAUGAUGUAUGGAGCCGCCAAAUUCCCAGCGUGCCCACAGUGCCCGAAAAGCUUGCCGAUUUCCCGGAUUUCCCCGCUCUUCCUGAUCCAACGCUGGAUCGGGGCUGUUCUCCUCAGCCUGUCUCAAUCCAUCGCCCAGCACAAUGCACGGGUGUGACGUGUUGUCUUCAUCGACACUCGAAAGUGCCCGACACUGGGUCACGCGAAGGAAAUGUUUCGGGUAUUCUGCCUGUUUGUUCUGAUAUCUUCUCAUCUCGGAAUGCACGCAACGCUGCUGUCAAUACUGUACCAGCCUUCGCCAAAUUCGAUGCGAACGAUCACGAAGCAACACUCAAAGUGAAACUCAGCGAUUUACCCUCGCGAGAUCGAACUCUUAACGCGACUGAAUUUCAAUACCGGAGUUUAACAAAAAGUAAGUCGAACAAACAGGAAUUGAAGGACAGGCUUCCGGAAGCCGAAUUGCCUCGCACUGGUGAUGGAACCACUGGCAAAAUUUCCAAAUUUCAGAAGUACUUCCGUGAGACUGUAAGUGCGAUGAAGUCGGCCGCAAAGACCAAAAUUUUCAGUCAGGACGAAGAGGAUUCAGACGAAGACGAAGAAGUUAUCGGCAAUCAGGGUAUACGGAUCCGCUCAUCAAGGCAUUCCAGAAGUCGUCGAGAGUUCGUGCGGAUAAAGCUAGUGCAAGAAAUGAAAAACGAGCACACCGGGGCAAUUUGGGCGAUGCGUUUCUCUCCCUGUGGUCGACUUCUAGCUACCGCCGGUUACGACCGAAACAUCCGCAUUUGGGUCCUCCGUCAGUGGUAUUCCUACUUCAAACGGUUACAGAUGAUUCCAAUCGGUCCCGAUGAUAAGGCGAAAUUCGCUCCCUCUGCUUGUGGUGGUGAAGCAUGUACCGACUCUACAAAUGUUAAGAACACAUUUGAUUCCGUCAGCAUAACUUCCAACUCGCUGUCCGCCUCAGACAAGACUGAUGACAGUGGUUCCACAUGCAGUUCCACGCAGACCGGUGUGUCUCUGUGGGGCGGUCCGAACGAUUACACCCACCCGUGCGUGCGUCUUGUGAACGAACCCGAUUUGGAACGUGGACGAAGGACUGUGUUUCGUGCUCAGCCGCUGCUCGUCUAUCGUGGACACGAGGGUGUAGUCACCGAUGUCACAUGGUCCAAGAACCUGUUCAUUCUUGCCACUAGCAUGGAUCGUCAAGUGCGAUUGUGGCACAUCAGUCGACGUGAAUGCUUGUGCCUGUUCCAACACAACGACACUGUGCCCACCAUCGUUUUUCAUCCCAAGGAUGACAGGUUCUUUCUCUCCGGUAGCCUGGAUGGUAAACUUCGGCUAUGGAACAUUCCAGACAAGAAAGUUCGUUUCUGGGUCGAAGUCCCUAUGCCAAAUGCCUUACCUGUAACAAGCAACGCCACUGGGAGCUUCACUGUGUCCAGCCUAUUCAAACCGGCUUCCGCAUCCAUUUUACCAACCGCCUCUCCUCUUGGAGUGACCUCACGGAACCUUGAUCCUAAGACUAUCAUCACCUGUGCCGCUUUCGCGUGCGACGGGACGAAGGUGGUUGUGGGCACCUAUGACGGUCGAGUCAUGUUUUACAAUAGUGAGCUCACCUACAUUACUUUCAUUGCGAUCAAAAUGGGGUCAACGAGGAAGGGUCGACAUUGUCGAGUAACUGCAAUCGAGCUCGAUCCCACUGACUCGAAUAAAAUUCUUGUCACUUCCAAUGAUUCAAGGCUUCGACUAAUAGACGCUCGUGACUACCAUACAUUGUGCAAGUAUCGCGGAUUUGUGAAUGAAACGAGCCAAAUUCGGGCUUCAUUCAGCCCAACCGGUCGGUACCUUAUUUCCGGUUCCGAAAAUGCAUUUUUUUACAUCUGGCAGAAGUCACUGGAGGUCGAACGCAUUCCGAGAUUCUCUCGCCUUCGUAAAGAUCGGAGUGAUUGUUGGGAAGCCAUCAAAGCUCAUGAUACUAUGGUCACGGUGGCUCUAUUCAGUCCGAACCCUAAUCUUGUAUUAGAUAAGCAGUUGCGCCGUUUGCAAAUGCCCUUCGGUCGAUGCUUGAAAGAACCUGGCAUCCAAGGAGUGUCCACUCCACUACGCCUGAGCGAGUUGCCUCCACAAGCGGACCCUCGACGCAAAAAUGCCUACUUGGGUGAAGUGAUCAUCUCGGCUGAUUGUAACGGAUGUAUUCGGGUGUUCAAAAAUGCCGCACCCUAAUCGCCACGUUGGAUUUGCCAUGUGCCAAAACCCUCUUUCCCUGCUCGUUUUUCAUCUUUUCGGUGAUUACUCCCCUCCCCAACAAGUGAAUGAGAUGCACAUUUAUACUAGUCAUCCAGCAGUGUUCCAACACUUCCUUACCCGGAGAUAUUUCGGAACGCAAACUUUAUCUCUUUAGGCUUUGGUUUUCCCUUCACUCUCCCCACUUACGUAUGUCGCCAUUGUAGUUGCAUGGAAUGUCCCAUUUACCUUCAUUCCUCAACUUUUCCGAUUGUUAUCUCAAUGUAUGUUAUUUUGACCCCUUUGGACCACUUUCACUCCUUAGUAGACACGAAUUGCACAGUUAGUUCCCAUCGAAUUCCGGCCUUUGUAAGGUGUGACAUCCACGAUUUUGCGGCUAUUUUUCAUCAACUCUGUUUUGUUGAAACGCACUUUCAACCACCAAGUUCGCAGCACUGCUCUUCUGUUUUCUCUUUAUCUGCCCAGAAAGUGGUUGUCAUGUGAACGAAUCCACAUAUACUAUUUGCUGACGUUCAACUAUCGGAAGCAUCACUGAUUCUAACUUCCAUUUCAUGCGGUACACGAGAUUGUUUGGGUCUCUUUGCUCCAUUGUGUUCCGAUUCGCGUCCUCUGUUGACUUUGAAGCAAGCUUUCUGCGCUUUGAUUCCACUCCUGUCUGUGAAAUAAGUUCGAAACGAAUGCCGAUAUUCCGUAACACAAAAUCCAUCUGCUUCAGACACUGACUCCGAUGACAAUGCUGAUCCCGAUGAAUUGAUUGACCCCCAGGAAGCUCAAGGCACUUUGCGCAGACCUGUGUGGCGAGAAAGAGAGGCCAAGGACAUUCUCCAUAUUGAGGUCCCUUUCAGUGAUGUUGCUCCAUCAACAAAUACCACAAGCGAGCCUCAUGAAUAUUUCAAAAAAUUCUCACACCAGACCUG